UGCAUGUUGAGUAGGGGUGGCAGCCAGGGUCUUGAGGGAGCCUUGUGGUGUCCCCUCAGGGUGGGCAUCACUCUUUUCUGUACUAAAGAAAAGACAGGGCCUCUCUGAGUUCCUCACUGGCCGCCUCGGAGUCCACCCCAAGCCAACAGGACUCAGCAAAGAAAAGCGUGCGAAUGGAAGGGAAGGCAGAGGUGUCCCCCAAGCUGAAAGAGGCCCAGGAGCGCAGGACUUUCCUGGCAAAGAAAGCAGCUGCCCGGAACAGGAGCCCUCUGGCCUCCAGUCCUGCCCCUCUGGAGGCUGGUCCUGAGCAGAGAACCAGGAAGAUGAGAGGCCGCAAGAGGAAGAAACUAACGGGUGUCAAGGCAGCAGCCCACAAGAGCAGCUCCCUGGCCUCCCACCCCAGCUCCUCAGACGCUGUCUCCGAGUUGAAGUCCUGGAGUAAGAGGGAGCAGAGGAGGGACAUAUGGACUGUCAAUCACAUUGAGGGAACAAAACUCAGGAUGCACAAGAGGAGAAGACCUAGCUAUCGUCCAGAAGACCAAGAAGCCUUCUACCGACUUCUGGAGGAUCCCGUCAUCCAGAGCUUCUUGGAAGCUGACAUUUUCCUGAAGGUGUCUGACAAGUACCUGCUGUCCAUGGUGGUGGAGUACUUCGGCCGUGUGGGGCUGCCCGGUCACCUCUACAACAGGAUCCACUUCUUCCUGGCCCUGUGAGCACCGCCCGAGGGCCCCCAGUGGUGGUUCAAGGCCUUCAAGGGAUCACAGGGUCAGAGGAGGGGAAGGCAGUCAGUCAGAUCCUGGGGUAAGGAAUGUAGUCAGGAGACACCGCGCGCUGCCCGAAGACUGACUGACCCAAGGUGGAACGCCCCGGA